AUGCCUGAACCCCAGAAUGGUGGGUUCACAGCUGUUUCUGGCCCGGGUGGGCCAGAAACCACAGGCCUCACCGACGCUGCCGCCUCUCUAGAAAGCGAUUCCUCCCGAACCCGUACCGGUACUCUCGAUCAGAGCGCUACCACUUCAGCGAGCUCGACUGGAGACGCAGCUGCCUCUGCCGCGGCCACAUCCCCAACAACCUUCAGUACCUCUGUAUCGUCGGCUGAUGGAAACGAUGUGGCAUCGAGUACGACCAGCAUUGCCUCUUCGACCGCCGCCAAUGCGGCCAGCAACACGAGCAGCGGAGCGGUGACUGUCACCGAGAAAUCCUGCAACAGUAUUGGUUGCUCCACUGCUCUGAAAGCGGCCAUCGCUGUCCCGAUCGUCGUUGCGGCUAUUGCAGGGAUACUUUUGAUUUUCUUUUGUGCCAGAAGGAGACGGAAGAGUGGUGGUGGUGCGGCGCUGUCCGAAAAGAAACCGAAGAAAGGAGGCAAAAAAUGGUCACGACAUCUACGGGCUUUCUCUUUCGAUGCAGAGCUGCUCAUGGGAGGUCGAUUUUCAAGUUCCAACAGCAUUCGCAGCCGAGACCCCAGCGUUCGGAGUGCCGCCACCAACCCUCGAAAUGGAACACAUAGCGCAGAACCGAGCUUGCACAGCAUUGAAGAAGUGGCACCCCCUUACAGAGACGCAGUGUCGCAUGUUCAACCCCCCAGCCCUACUCAGGCUCGUACAGUUCCUCCGGUCACCUCAAUUGCAGCCGAUCCCAUUCCUCGACCGUCUUCCACGGCUACGGCACCGCCUCCAUAUCGAUCAAUUGUUGGCGAAACCAUGACCGAACCGCCCACGCCUGCUUCAGCCCGAAAUCCAUUCGCGGACUCUGCCCCUGUUAGUCCAAUUGAAGGCUCACCUUUCAACGAUCCUCCCGAAGACGAGGAAGCCGCGGGGGGAUUACAACCAACGUUGAGUCGAGGAUCAUCCCUGUACCAGAGUGUCAGCGCCGACGACGAUGCCACUCCCACACAAUCGGAAGCUGGGAGCAUAAGACAAGCUGUGCUCGGCAGACGUGUGUCCGCCAGGGCGACCGAUAGUACGGGUGGUGGCGGCAGCUAA